CUAUCAUCACUGGCACCGCUUCUGCGCCCCCGACUCUCCCUCUAGAUGGAAUAACGCAUCUCUGAAUCCUCCAUCCAUACCGUAUUCGCCCAUGGUAUCGCCCAGUUCCAGAUGCGGUCCUGCCGGCAGGGUCACCGCCGCCCUGCUGCUGGCUUCGGCACUCGCCAUCUCGCCAGGCUCGGCCAAUAUAAUCGGCGGUGAUGUUGGUCUCGACCAGCACGUCUUGAUGCCUGUCGGCCCAGGCCCUCUUCUCCCUUCGAACCCCGAUACGGUCCAUCCUGGCGAACACACCUUCACUCUUCGACACAUCUACCACCACGGCACCAACAGACAUCCGCGGCUUCACAGAAAGCUAGACGUCGUCCAUGACCAAUCCCGAAUCUUCCUCGCCGCCGACGAUGGAUUUGAUGAGCAUACUGUGCCGCAUCUUACGGCCAAGAGUCGUGCCGAGACGAUCGAGCGGCUGACCGACAGGCGACCCUCUGUUGUCGACCCCAUUGUCGCCGAAUCUCGAAAGCAAGGUUAUGCAGCUGUCCUGGAUGCUUCUGCAUGGACGAUGGACGACGUUUCCUCUCCCGACAUCACCGAUAAAAACACUGUGCUUACCAUGGCGUACGUCGCUGCUGAUGCCUACGUGGAAAACGACGGGCAGGCCGAUUGGCAAGACAUUGGUGCCCCCUACAACCGAAGCCUCGACUUUGGUUGGGGAACGGACGGCCUUCGUGGCCACAUCUGGGCUGAUGAGAGCAACUCAACCGUCAUCAUUGGCCUCAAGGGGACAUCACCAGCCGUCUUUGACGGAGAGGGCACAACAACCAACGACAAGGUUAAUGACAACUUGUUUUUCAGCUGCUGCUGCGCUCAACAGGGUCAAUGGACAUGGCACCAGGUCUGUGACUGCGCUACCGGUACAUACGCCUGCAACAAUACAUGUGUGAGGACGGCCCUCCAAGAAGAAAACAGGUACUACGCCGCGGCUCGCGAGCUCUACUCCAACGUCACAGAACAGUAUCCAGACUCCAACAUUUGGCUGGCAGGCCAUUCUCUGGGAGGUGCUGUUGCUUCUUUUCUAGCCCUGACUUAUGGCCUACCCGCCGUAACCUUUGAGGCGGUGCCUGAAGCACUUCCAGCAUCUCGACUGGGCCUCCCGGUUCCCCCUGGAGCAAACCCCAACACGCCACAAACGCGAGCCUACACGGGAACAUAUCACUUUGGCCAUACCGCAGACCCAGUAUACAUCGGUACAUGCAAUGGCGCGACGGCAACGUGCUCUUUUGCUGGCUAUGCUAUGGAGUCUACGUGCCAUACUGGCUAUGAGUGUGUCUAUGAUGUUGUGGCUGACAAGGGAUGGCGAGUGGGCAUCGGCACGCACAAGAUCCGAGCUGUCAUUUCAGACGUCAUCCUCAAAUACGACAAGGUUCCCAAGUGUGUCCGGACUCCCGAUUGCCGAGACUGUGGUCCCUGGAAAAUGUACGAGAGCAACGGCACUGAGACGACCACGUCUGCGGUUCCCACCACAACCUCUCGAACGCGGACACGUACCUCGACUUGUCAGACUCCCGGCUGGUGGGGCUGCCUGGACGAGACGACAACUACAGGUGUCACCAGCGUUCCUGAACCUACCACGACUACUACUACUUCCACGUGCAAGACGCCUGGCUGGUUCGGAUGCAAAGACAAGACGACGACGCCAGCGAGCACCUCCCAGUCUACCGUAACGACUACUUGUGAAACCCCGGGACGAUUCUGGGGCUGCAACGACGAGGCCACCCAGACAAGCUCUCUGUACACAACGGUCCCCGCCAGCACAACCUGCGAGACCCCUGGCAGAUUCUGGGGCUGCAACGAUGCAGUGACCUCUACGAGCACACAAGCUGCUGCUGGGAGCACCGCUCCGACCAUCACGGCGGCUCCCACUGGGGUUCCAACAUGAGGACAAGGAAUGCGCAUAACCGGGGGAGGCACUGAUAUACUUUUGUGAUUUGAUAUUAUGGCGUUUGGUAAUUUGUUUAUUUAAUAGACUACUGCUAGGAUUAGUUGGGAAGAUUUUGUGUUUGAAGCGGGCCAAGAUUUUGUAGCGUUUACGAUAAAUGAGUAGGUGAUAAGCAGUACCUACCUCGACCUAGUACCUAGGCAUAUAUACAAUGACAACUGGGGUUUAUUUUUCG